AAAAACUCAGAGCUAGCCUUUUGCUACCACACCGCCGCCAUCAUGGGUCGCAUGCACGCUCCCGGGAAGGGCUUGUCCCAGUCGGCUCUGCCCUACCGCCGCAGCGUCCCCACCUGGCUGAAGCUCACUUCUGACGACGUGAAGGAGCAGAUCUACAAACUGGCCAAGAAAGGCCUGACUCCCUCCCAGAUCGGUGUGAUCCUGAGAGACUCUCAUGGUGUUGCACAAGUACGUUUUGUGACAGGCAACAAAAUCUUGAGAAAAGCUGUUGCUGUUCGAAAGCAUCUGGAGAGGAACAGAAAGGAUAAAGAUGCUAAAUUCCGUCUGAUUCUGAUUGAGAGCCGUAUUCACCGGUUGGCUCGAUACUACAAGACCAAACGAGUCCUGCCCCCCAAUUGGAAAUACGAGUCAUCCACAGCUUCUGCCCUGGUUGCAUAAAUUUGUCUAUUGUACUAAAGCAAUAAAAAUCAUUGUUUAACAGAAAAAAAAAAA